GAUCGUUGAGUGGGUCGGAUCCUUAAACCCAAGAAGAAGAAGAAGAAGAAGAAGAAGCAUAUGACAAUGGUGAACAAAGCUUGGAAGGUAAUUCCAAGGCCGCUUCUCGAGACCGUCGUCAACAACCAUGCCCAACGUCACCGUGUUUCUCAGCCGCUCAUUCUCCAUGGUCCUCGCGGCGUCGGCAAAACUACCCUGAUCCUCAAUCGUCUUAUAGGAGAAUGGAACAAAGGGCCUCAUCUCACGGGCUAUGUCGAUUUCGCACAGUCGGUGAAGGACCACCAUCCCGAUCACCACCAGUCAUUUCCAUGGGCGUCUUGGACUAACUGUGACCCGCCAUUGCUGUCCGAUUGCAAAAUCCAGCUCGAGAGUUGUCUCGAAUCUAUGAGCCAUAAGGCUAUCAAGCUCGGGACCAUACGCUCGCACCAAAUUUUCACCACCCUUAACAAAUGGCACGGUCUUAACGCCUCACUUCGCCGCAUACUCUAGGGAUUGAACUCUGCCGUUCCCAAUAAGGCCUCCAUCUCCGUUCUAUGGGAACGGGCGGUUUAUGCGCUUUCUGUUCGACAAAAUGCCGCUGAGAUUGAUGGGUUGCUCGAGUUGAAAGGGAAAGACAAGAGCUUGUCCGUGGAAGAGGCUUCAUAUUACCGGGAGGCCGUUGUAGCCUUGAGAUUGGCCAAGGAGGUGAUUGGGGUGCAUCAUGGUUGGAAAGCCAAUUCCAUCGCCCAUAUGUAAAAUUUUAAAA